CGUGCUUUAUUGCAUUUGCUUUCACUUUUGCUGUACGUAAUAACGAACAAUGCCUAUAAUUAGAGCUUUUACCGUACUUGUUUUCAUCAUCCACCGCCACCGGAGGUGAUCACGGAGAAGUAAUCAGUUUUCGUUAUUACGGUUGUUGAAGUUAUUGUACCAAUCGUACCGAAUAAAGCAAUGAUUAUAUCCUGACUUCAGCUUUUGAAUGACCAUGUGUCUUCUGUCUCUAUAGCAGGAUAUGUAUCGCGGUGAAUUUCCAAUAUGUUGGAGUAGAUAUUUAGUUCUUCCCUGCCUGUAUACAGCUUGAUGUUUCCAUCUUCAGUCUUGAUGUAAAGAGAAUGUAAAUGCCAUAUUCUGCAGGGACAUUGAAUGAAUUCCUUUUGUGUAGAUAAAUAUAAUUCGCAUGUUACCGCAAAGACUGAAGACUGAUUCCAAGUUUAGCUGUUUAUUCGGUAAUCUGCCUUUAAUCAAAUGAAAGUGAAGUUGUUAUUACAUGGUUCCACCAUAACUUAACUGGAUUAGAAGCUGAAAAACUGUUAACCCUAAAAGGUGUUAGUGGUAGCUUUCUUGCUCGUCCUAGUCAUAGCACGCCGGGAAGCUUCACACUUUCAGUUCGUCGAGGUGAUGAAGUUACACACAUCCGUAUACAGAACACAGAAGAAUUCCUAGACUUAUAUGGUGGAGAAAAGUUUGCCACAUUGUCGGAGUUAGUUACAUACUAUAUGGAGAAUGAGGGUCAACUCAGAGAGAAAAAUGGUGAUAUUAUUGAACUCAAGUAUCCACUCAUUUCUGAGGACCCUACUACAGAACGUUGGUUUCACGGCAAAAUUACAGGGAAAGAAGCUGAGAAGAUGCUUCUAGAACGAGGGAAGCCAGAUUGCUUUUUGGUUCGUGAAUCUGUUCACAGACCAGGUUCUUAUGUCCUGUCAGUUUUGACAGGAGAACAAGUGGCACAUAUUAUGAUACAUGGGAAACCAAAUGGAAUGUAUGAUGUUGGUGGAGGACAUCAGUUUUCCUCUUUAAAGGAGUUAAUCGACUUUUACACAAACACACCUAUGGUCGAGAAAAAUGGAGGAUUAGUUUCACUGAAACAGCCUUUCAAUGCUACUCGAUUUAACGUUUCCACCAUUGAUCAGCGCAUGCGUCAGUUAGAACAAGAAAAUGGUCAUGGUUCAGGUUUGGCCGGAUUUUUGGAGGAAUUUGAAGAGUUGCAUCAGGAGGCUCAUUUAAAAAAUAAUCCACGCGUCGAAGGAUACCAGUCUUAUAACCGUGACAAGAAUCGUUAUAAACAUAUUCUUCCAUUUGAUUGGUCUCAAGUCAAACUCCUUGAUGGUGAUCCGAAUGAACCAGGUUCUGAUUACAUCAAUGCGAAUUAUAUUUCUUGGCCUGUUCACCUAACCGAAUCUCUGUCAAAUGGGAACUGUCCUUUCGGCGGUAGUUUGAAUAUAAAGUAUCAGUCGAACUCUCCAGUUUUUGAUUUAAAUAACAACAUGCAUUGUACUACUGCAGUCACUAGUUCGUCUGUUCCUCAUCCGAGCUCGAAUAAUUGUGCUGCUUUCUUCUUCAACGGAAAGCCACGUUACAUAGCCACGCAAGGAGCCGUUGCUAAUUCACAGGAUGCGUUUUGGCGUAUGAUAUGGCAAGAAAAAAGCUCUGUCAUAGUUAUGAUUACAAAGAUAAUGGAGCGUGGCAGAAAUAAAUGCAUCCGUUAUUGGCCAACUGCAGAAGAAGGUACACGGGAAUUUCCAUGUUACGGAGGUACAAUUCGUGUUCGACAUCUGUCUGAAAGAAAUUCCGUUAAUUACACACUACGAGAACUUUAUCUAACCAGAGAGUCUACUACAACGAAUAAAAAGUCAGAGAACACUGUUAAUCAGACUAAUGCUUCUGCUGUUGGUAAACCUACUGGUCCUAGUGCUGUAUGUGACACUUCAUCAUGUGACCAGAAUAGUUGUGAGUCGGACAGUACAAAAAUGCAUCAGUUGGACAGCACCACAGCCACAAAUGUAAAUUCUGAUUUUGCUUCUAAUCAAGUCAAUACAGAAGAUGGAUUCACAGUUUAUCACUAUCAUUUCACUGUGUGGCCUGAUCAUGGGACUCCAAGCGAUCCUUCCUGUGUGUUAGAUUUUAUGCACGAUAUAUCUGCUCGACAGGACAGUAUUCCUGGCUCUGGACCAAUUAUUGUCCACUGUAGCGCUGGUAUUGGACGCACUGGAGCAUUCAUUGUAAUUGACAUGCUUAUUAAUUACAUAAAAACGAUGGGACUUAAUUGUGAUAUAGAUAUAUCUCGUACAAUACAAGCUGUUCGGGAACAACGUUCUGGAAUGGUUCAAACUGAAACACAAUACAGGUUUAUCUACAAAGCUGUUCAGCAGUAUGUGAACACCAUGUCCAAACGUAUACAAAUGGAUAAUGAUCUUCGUCGUACUGGAAGGGAUUACACGAAUAUUAAUCGUGCUGCAGAUGAUAUUGGUGUUAUUGGAACAGCAGCUGUUUCUCUUUUUCCAUCAAUUUGCUCGUCAUCUGGAACCAGUUCCGAACAGCAAUCCACAGCGCCGAAUUUGACUUCUUCCACAAAUGCGAACUCAUCAUCAGUUUCCACUUCCAAUAGACCAUGUAGUUGUCCUAUUCAUUCGUGUUCUCAGCGAAGACAAAUAUCAAAUCAAAAUAUACCUCAGAGUUCUAAUCACCCUUCAAACUGUUCUCAAACUGUUACUUCAUCUGCCACAUUGCCAUGUACACCUCCAGCUGUUUCUGUUUCGUCCCGUACCUCAGAAUCUAUAACAAGUGGCUUUUUCCAUCGCUUAGCUGGACCUAGUCGUUCCCGCACAAAGUUUUAAUACUUUAAAAUAUGAUCAUUGAUAAGUGAUGUGUAUAAAGAAAUACCGAUAGUUCUAAGAUGAUUAUUACUUUCACCUGUUCAAUGCACAAUAAUUUUAAAAUUCUCUUCAUUUCUCUGCUCUAUGUACAAAAUAUUAUGGAAAUACGAUAAGUUAGAAUUCAGCUUAAAAGUAAUUAGCAGUUGUAUUUAACUAAUUGUAUAUUACAUAAUAUCGUCUUAUUAUCUUUGUGUUGUCUGCCUCUUUCCUCUUCUCCUCCCACAGAAUUCAUUCAGUCUUCUUUCUUUACUGUAUGUUGUUAGCUAGUGUGUGUUACUUCUUUGUGAUUCAAGGAUUCAGGACAAAAAAAAUAAUAACCUCUAUUGUAAAUGAUUGUUUUUGUUUGUUUUGUAUAUCGAAGACUUAUAUCAAUUGCCAUUUCUCACCUUUUUCAUCUAGAGAUUUAUAUUUAUGUGAUUGUGCAGAGAUUGUCUGAAUUUCUACAUGUGAAUGAAUGAAUGAAUUAGCUGUUGAAAUUAGUGUACAGUUUUUUUUUUAUUAUAGAGAAUAUAGGAAAUAAUUUUUUCACAAUUGAUAUAUCUUUGUACAGAUAUACAUAUAGACAUAUGUAUUUAAAUGCUUCAAAUGAUUAUGCUUCAUUUUACUUUAUUUGUUACUUUCUAUCUUUUCCAAAAGUUAAGUGUGAUUAUAUUGCCUUUUAUUUUAUUUGGUAGUUUUGUGUUGUUGUUUCUUCUUUUUGUUUCUGCCUCGUAAAUUUUCGAUAUCACUUUAUAUAUAUUUACUUAUUUGCUUGACCGCCAGUGUAGCUUUCUCCUAUCUGUCGGUUACCAGAAAUGAUUUAAUUUAGACAAUAUUGAAUUGUUUAUUUUAUCUUGCUCUAACUUUAGCAUAUAUAUAGAGAGUAUAAAGCAAUGUGAUAAUUAAAUUGCUUAUAUUUCUUUCUUCUUUUUUUUGUAUCUUAUGAAUUAUUUCCACUAAUGUGAUUUUAUAAAACAGGAUAUCUUGUGUUCCUGUUGAAUAAUUUUAUCUUUUUUUCAAUAUAAAAA